AUGGCCGACGAACCGCAGCUAGGCUCCAUCCACGAGCGGAUCGCCGCUCUGAAACUAUCCCAAGCCGCUCGCGCACCGGGCCCCGAGCCACCACUAUUCCCCGCGGGCGCUGAUCGCAGUCAACCUGUCAACAGCCCACCAUCCUACGAUGAAUCGACUAGAAAUGAGCCCGCUAGCGAGCGUCAACAUCGUCCGGCUGCGCGCCCACCUCCUACACCGUCACCAAGGCCCGAGCUGAAACCUAAACCGAAAGUACCUCCGCCGCUUCCAACACGAAGAGAUCGAGGCCCUCCCCCUCCACCACCAGCGCGCUCUGAGUUCUCCGAGCGGCGCCCAGCAUUACCGCCACGUAGACCGACUGAAGAGCCUCUACGGAGACAAUCAAUAGAGUCAAUCACAUCUGAUGCCUCACACUCAACCACGGCGACAACAAUCGGCAGCCUGGGCCGCGGUGCGUCAUCAACAUCUGUCAAUUCCACUGGUGGUAGUCGCAUCAAAGCUCCAGCCUGGGGAGAGACGCAGUUACCUGUUCUACCGCCCAAGCGUGUCAAGGAAGAUAUUUUAGAUACGCCACCGCCUCCGCCCAGUAGCAGCUCCGAGUCCAGGUUUGGCGGUUUAACCUCGAAGUUAUCAUCCUUGCGAGGCAAGGUGCCUGGGUCCUCUUCCUCAACGCCAGCACGACCAGCAAGGCCUAAUUUACCUUCACGUCUCACGAAUGGAUCCAAUACAUCCCUUUCACAACCAUCUUUACCCCCGCGACGACCCUCUGGUCAACAAACGCCAGUAGAUGAAUCAACGAACGAGGCAGCCCCCAGUCUUCCAGCCCGGAGAUUGCCCCCGCCCUCGAUUGCCGAGGAUAUUAACGGUCUCCGAAACGCUGGGUUUGGCGGCUUAAAAAACCCGAGGCUUCCAGCAAGACCCAGCAGCACGCCAGCAGACAACGCCCCUGUACAAAAUUGUGGACCACCCCCGAUUCCCCAUGGAACUCGCCCGGAUCUCUCCAAGAUUCUUGCCACCAAACCCCGUCUCCACGGGUCUAUGCCAAAUGCAAAACCAGCAGUCAGCUCUACCACGGAGUGUUUGGUCUGUCGAGACUUUUCUGCGCCAGACGCCCGGGGCGCGCAAUAUCCGCGUGCUUCCCUCCCAACCCAGGAUUUGGGAUGGCUGGCUAACGAAUUGACUGCACCAUUUCCAUCGUUAACCGACAAAGCUAGGGCCAUUUUUUCAUGGCUCCAUCACAACAUUGCUUACGAUACUGUUGCUUUCUUCAAUGACAAUGUCAAGCCUUCUACACCACAAAACACACUAGCUACUGGCUUAGCAGUCUGCGAAGGGUAUGCAGGAUUAUUUACUGCACUAGCCAUCAGGGCGGGUAUGGAAUCCGUCGUCGUUGGAGGGCAUGGCAAAGGAUACGGUUACACGCCUCUCGCACCAGGAGCGAGGGCACCGCCUUAUGAAGCGGGUCACGCCUGGAAUGCUGUUAAGAUUGACGGAGGACGUUGGAAGCUAAUUGACCCAUGCUGGGGCGCUGGGUGUGUAAACGGCCACGGCAUGCCAUAUGAGCCAAGAUACAAUCCUGCUAUGUUCUCUAUGACAAACGACGAGUUUGGCCUGAAACAUUUCCCCGAAAAUAGAGAAUACUUCUUCCGCGACGACGGUCGCCCUAGCAUCCCCUGGGAAGAAUAUAUUCUUAUAAACCCCGAGAUGCCUACUGGCCUCAAGCCCAUUCAGACCUACAGUGACGCCGAUAAACACAGUAUCGGACGCAAGACUCUUCAACCGGCUGGUGGUGAGAUUUCUGUAUAUAGCACACCAAGCCCGCUCCGAUUCCAAUUCGGUUUACUAUGUGAACACUGGACAUUAGCGCAUCAUACAGGCGUGAAGCCUGCUCUUUUCUUGCUCAUGAUAAAAAGUGUCGAUGGACGCAAAGAUGAUCAGCUUGUUCUGCGACACGUGGCUGGCACUGGCCCUGGCGGCGGUGGCGAGUUUUGGUACGUGGAUGUUCCUGAUACACGGAUGCUUGGAGCGCCGGGCCAGAAGGUGCUACUUGCUGUGUUGACCAAAUUUGGCGAGCGCACAGAUUGUCGUGGCAUCACUCCGGAGGAGUAUGAUUCUAAACGCGGGCGUGUGGCUAUGGCAUGGGCCUAUAUUGCACAGUGGGAUUUGGUCUAA